ACACCUGAUAUGAUGUGAAGUCACUAAUAAGUAUAGAUCUAAGGGGCAUGUCUCCUCGUUUCACAUUUUCAUGUUGUGUGUGAAACAAAUAUUUCAUGUUAAAUGAAUAGCAACAGAAAAUGAAAACCUAUUUUUUAAAACAAAAGUUCAAGCAGAAUUAUGAUAUAAAGCAGAAUGUUGAUACAAAAGAUAAAAUUUCGAGGGAACUGGACAUAAUUCACUUAUAUACAUUCAUAUCGAUAACAUUGACCGUUCUUCUCGUGUUUCUUGUAUCAUUUGUUGGAUUUUGCUUCCACAAGGAUGUUCGAUAUAAUCUGCCGCUACUCUCACAGAAGAGGUUGAAAGAGUUUUCAGUACUUUGUGAGGAACUUUCCCUCAGCCCUGACGACGACUUACUAAUAUUUGGAGCUAGCAAUGAUCGUCUAAGUGUUUCUUUAAAUGGCGAUGGGAAAUAUGUUUGCGAGAGUAAAAAUCUUACAGGUCUUGUCAACAAGGUUGCCGAAAGAGAAACAAGACUUUGGCUUGCAAAAGGUCUAGUACCACAGCCGUAUCUGUCUUGUGGAAAUGAAAGUUUAGCUCCUCAAUCUGGUUACCUGACUGUCGCACUAACUCAGUUAUCCAGGCAGAAGUUCUUUUCAGGAGAUGGGAUAGACACUAUACUCUUCUGGGAAAAUGAAUCUGAAGCAAACGCUAAUACAGUUGUAGAACACUCAAAUGGCGAAAUAAUUGUUCCAGAGGGUCGGACGUAUUUCGCGUAUGCAUCUGUGCACUUCAAUAUAAGCCGAAGUGUGGCAAAUGAAACAAAACAUAUGAACAGACUGCGCACGUUUUCACUGAGAAUUUGCAGAAAGAUUUAUGGACAUGAGCAAACUCUGUUGGGAGAGACAAUGCAGUUUGAUGUUAGCGGUGGUGAUGUUGUCUCAAGUUUUAGGAUUGCAAGUCAUUUAAAAUUGAACAGAAAUGACAUAAUAUAUGUCAAGGUGUACAAUGCCAAUUAUGUUAUUUCAAGCUCUAAAGGAAAUACGUUCGGCUUUUUCCCACUCUAGAUUGUUUCAACCACUAUAGAUCUUUCCCAUUUUACUGCCAAUGAUCUUCCCUUGCAAAUCUGGUAGGAAAUUUAGGGGCCAAAGUAUAACAGAAAAUAUAGGCAAUGAAAUGACAGAUUACACUUAAAGUAUAUAGUUGUAAUGUGUAUCACAUGAAUUACUUUUAUCUCUUAUCUGCCACCAGAAUUCUUAUCUGAAUAGUUGCAGAUUUUGUUUAACCCCCAAAAUGGUGUGCCACGGGAGACAAGAUUUGCUGUAUAUGUAGAAAACAUUUAAAGAAUGAGACAGUAAACUUUGAUUCUUUCAACAGAAAACGUUUGUUGCCUUAGAGCCAAACUGUUGCAGACACAUUGAUUGCCUCAUUUGUAUACAAUAACAAUAUCAAUAACCAAUCACCAUUUGUUUCUAAAUGAUGCAUAAUCUAAACAUCGCCCUAGUUACAUAAUAAUUAAUUUUUCAUUGUUAAUGAUAUAUUAAAUGUUAUUAUCAUGGGUAUAUGAAAUUAUGAAACAACGAGAAUACAUUAUUGUCGUGUAUUAAGAAUGAUACGGUGGAUAAUCCGUUUUUUUACUUAAAUUCAGAAGUUCAAUUGUCACAUAAUAGAACACUUGAUAGACAAGAUCACAUGGCACUUUGACAUGAUAACAUAGCUUUUUAACAUAAUAAGACAUUAGUUUGACAAGUUUGACAUGAUAGCACGCCUUCUAUCUACUUUGACAAGUUAACAUCACACUCUGACAUGAUAACAUAGCAUUUUUAUAUAAUAGCGCUCUCGGUUGACAAAAUCAAAACGGUACUUUGACAUGAUAACAUAGGUUUUUUAACAUAAUAAGACACUGUUUAGAUAAGUUAACAACACACUUUAACAUGAUGACAUGCCAAGUUAACAUAAUAUGAUAUUAUUUGGAUAAGUUAAAAUCACAUCUUAACAUAGCAUUUUAACAUAAUAAGACACUGUAUAUUCAUGCCUGCCAGGUUAAUACUACAUUCAUGAUUUAGCUUCGAUGUAGUACUCCCAGGCAGCAUACUUGUUACCUUAUUUUACCAGAUAAUUUAACAAUUUCAGUUAUACAGAAUUAUAUAUUAGAUGAUAAUAUAUAAUACUUAUUUUUUAAUCCAUCUAUUGUGAUAAUAUAAAUCUUUUUAUAUAAUUUUAUAUCUAUGAAUUGUGAUAACCUAAGUCUUUCGUUUUUUUUUCUGUGAUAUGUUUUCCCGUGUCAUACCAUAUUAUACUACACAAGGACCACACUGGAAAUAAGAGAUGAUUUCUAUCUCUUUUUUGUGUCAUCCUUUGUGUUAUAAUGUAUAUGACAUUUUAUUUAACAUGCAUACUUGUUCAUUGUUAUCUGUAUUUUGUUAUUUAUAUUGCCAUGCAUAGGUACGUUGUACACAGAAAUAAAUUUAUCUAUCUAACCGUAAAAAAAUUGCUCUCGUUAUUUAUCUUAGCUUAUUUUCAGCGGUUAUUUUGCCAUAUACACUGGAAGUUUGUCACAUUUUGUUCUGACGUGUUCAGGCGAUAGUCGUUUUGAAAUGAUGAAAUAAAUCCACCUUCAGCAAGUACUAUACCAAAUUCAGUGUCUGAUUAUAUUAUCCCUGCCAGAAAUACAUUUCAGAUAGUGGACUUAAAUGAAAAGCGGCUAAUUUCUUAUUUUACAUAUGCAUUCUCUACAUUGUUAGUCGAUUUGAAGAGCCAAGAACUCCUAUUGGCCAAGCAAUGCCGAGGUUACAUAAUACGUAAUUGUAUGGAAACUUACGAAACCAUUACGGAUCCAAUCCUGUUAUCUACUGCACUCCACUUGAGAAUUAAUAUAAACAGCACAUACUAGUUUUGAUUACGACUAUCAAUAAAAUAUUCUGUAAGUUGUAUAAAUACCACGCAAUAGUUUAAUAAAAAAUAUUCACAUCUCGUA